AUGGAAGGUCAUUCUGCAGACCAACUCGUGACCAACUUACUUCAAUUUUUGAAGGAAAAUGGCAUUAAUAUCAAAGACUGCCGUGGUCAAAGUUAUGACAAUGCCAGUAACAUGAGUGGCAAGUACCGUGGCUUACAAGCUCUCAUUAAGGAGAAAAAUAAGUACGCAGAGUACAUUCCCUGCUUUGCACACUCACUAAAUUUAGUAGCUAAGUGUGCGGCAGAAUGUUGUACUGAAGCGUCAAUUUUUUUCAAUUUUGUGGAAAGUUUGUACACUUUUUUUUCAGCUUCCACCUAUCGAUGGAACCUUCUUAAAAAUGCCUUGGAUGAUACAGGUUCAAAACUCCCAAUUUUGAAGAAACUGUCUGAUACCAGGUGGUCUGCUCGAGCUGAUGCUACAAAGGCACUUGUAUGUGGUUUUAUCACUAUAAAAGAUGUUCUGGAUAAUAUCUCCAACAACAUAGAGCAAAAACCAGAAUGUCGUAACCAGGCUUACGGACUUCUUUCCAAAAUGCAUAAACUGGAAACAGUCAUAAUGACAAUUUUAUGGAACAAACUUUUGGAGCGUUUGCAUGCUUCCAAUGCCUCACUACAAUCUCCAAAUCAAGAUCUGAAUACCGGAUAUGCCAUAUACGUAUCCCUACACAAAUAUGUCCAAGAAAUGCGGUUUACGUUUUCUAUUAUUGAGGCCGAAGCCAAGAUCUUGACUGAGUGCGAAGAAUACCAGGAACAAAAAUCAAGAGGUCGCAAACGAAAUACCAAGUAUGAUGGUUUCGUUGGCUCUACUGCUCUCGAUGAAGCAGUAGAAAGUCAAACACCCGAAAAGAAAUUUGAAAAUCAGGUGUUUAUUUUCAUCAUUGAUAACGUACUGUCUGCGUUAUCUAAACGCAUGGAAACGUAUAACAAAGUUACUGGUGUAUUUGGAAUAAUUCAUGAAAUGAAAUCUCUCACAGCUGAGGAGAUCUUAAAAAGAACUCCAAGUAUUGUAAAUACUUAUGAAGAAGACCUAGAAGAAAGCUUAGGGGAUGAACUUGUGCAAUUCUCUGAGCUUCUCAAAACUACUGCGGCGAAAGAUAUUCAGAAUGAGCAGCAUGAAGCUCUAGAGCUACAGUAUUAUAAACUUUUAAUUCAAAAUUCAUUAGAGUCCUGUUUUCCAAAUGUUGAAACGUUUUUACGCAUUUAUUUAUCUUUAAUGAUCACGAACUGCAGCGGAGAACGUUCAUUUUCAACCUUAACACGUGUAAAAACUGAGCUGCGUAACACGAUGGGACAAGACCGUCUCAAUAAUCUUAUUUUACUGAAUAUUGAAUGCAAAUUACUCAGAGAAAUGGAUUUGUCUAGCGUUAUCACCAAAUUCGCAGAUAUUAAAUCUAGAAAAGUUUGCUUGUAA